AUGCCGCCCAAGAAGAAGGCGCGAAGCAGCGUCUCAGCUGUCGCGACGCCGACGCCAGCUCGCGACGACGAUGCCAUGGAUGUCGACACCCCGACGGCCGACACCCCAACAGCUGCUGCGCCGAUUGUCAAACCCUCCGCAGACGAAUGGCCAAAUAAUCAUUGGACUGACGACCAGUUGUCAUCACUUUUCAAGGGCGUCAUCAGAUGGAAGCCGGCGGGUAUGCACAAACAUUUCAGAAUGAUUGCCAUCAGCGAGCACCUCCGGAAUCACGGUAUCGGUCCAGAAGUAUGUCCACACACGCGCAUCCCCCAUAUCUGGCAGAAACUUCGCACCUUGUAUGAUCUUCCGACUAUAGACCAGCGCGAGGAUUACUUCGAUGCCCAGGAUGACGAAAACUACGAUAAACGGUUCAAAGAAUUUACUCUACCCCCUGGCGAGUUCUACGAUAUGCAAUUGGAGCGCCUCCUGGCAGACCCAAGCGAAGCCCCUACAUCUCCCGGAGCGUUGGAGCUUACGCCACCGCCGCCAUCCCCUGGCGGUAGCAAUGCUGGGACCAGCAGAAGGAGAAAGCGCGCUUCCACUGUCACCAAGACUCGCGCCAGCACUGUUGAGGACACGGAGGAUGGCGGUACGGACGUCGCAUCGCCACCGCCAAAGUCUGCCAGGGUAGCCAGAAGCCAGAAGCGGGCUGCUGGCAAGGCCAAGGCGGCAGAGAAAGCGGAAAAGGCUGAGAAGCCUGAGAAGGCUGAAAAAGUCGAAAAAGCUGAAAAGGUGGAGAAAGCUGGCAAGAACUCAAAGGCUCAGUCUACUAAAUCUUCCUCUUCCUCCUCCUCCGAAGACGAUGAGGAGAACGAAGAGGAGGACGAGGAAGACGAGGAGGAGCAAGAGGACGAAGAUAAUGAGGAGGGAGAAGAGGAAGAAGAGGACGAGGAAGAAGGCAGCGACAGCGGAAGUGGCUCCGACGAGGAAGAAGAUGAGGAAGAGAGCGCUGAGGAGAGCGGUGCACCAGUAUCAAGGACCCGAGGAGCUGCUCGUGGUCGUGGAAGAGGCAGGGGACGGGGCAGAGGAAGGUCGCGGGGGCGGUGA